AUGAACCCAAGUCAAGAAGAUCGCGUGUACCUCGAUCGUGUGUACCUCUAUCCCGGCGUUAUCGACAACAGCAGCCUCCCUCCCGCACUACAACUCCAUCUCAGUGACGAUGAGGAACAAGCCGCGUCCCGCCCCUUCGCUCUCGAGACGCUCUUUCAGGCCGGCCUGCCCCUAUUCCUUGAUCCACCCGCUGAUCGGAUCCCCUUGUCUCCGUUGUUGAACAACGGCUCCGGUCGCUAUCCCCCUCCUGCGCCCCUUCCUGUGCCCCCGGGCCUUCCUGCUCCCCCCCCUGCUCCAGUCAACGCCCUGCCACCAGCCCGCUCAGGGGCGCAGUUGAAGGCAGCAAUCAGCCCUAUCCUCAGCGGCAACACCCCGACAGAGGACAAAAUCCUCGCAAUUAAUGGUGUCCUGCUGGAGGAGACCGCCGGGGUGGGUCACAGUGUGGUGGAGAGUCGGCGCUAUGUCGAGAAUCUCUUGGCGUGGUGGUUCGCCCGUUGCCGCCCUACCAUUGACGAAGAGCUCACCGGGCUCUCCAUACCGGAAGUCCGGGCGUCCUUGGGCUAUACAAAGGCCCUCAAUAAUGUGAAGGGCCAGCGCGUUAACCACAGACACAUGUUGCUGUGGGUAUUGGUACGCUUCAUCCUAACGUUCGAUUUCUACCUUCGAAAUGAUCAUAGGACGUCCAGAAGAGCCAUCAGGGACCAUUUCGUGCUGGCCGAGGCGCUGCAACCUCUCGAGAACAAGAGCGAACCGAAUGCCUACCACUCCAUAGCCCUCGAUGUCUGCGCUCUUCAUCUGCUCAUAGAAAAUGCGAAGACAUUGCAAGCGAUGCAGUCCAGGUCUGCGACGUUCAUUAGAGGUCUGUACAGUCCCAUCUCCCCGAACGAGAGCAGGGCAUGGGGUGGUAAGAGAUUGCCAAAUCUUGUGGUAUGCCAGGGCUAA